AUGGAUAUAAAGUUUAACAUGACCACCAAACAAAAAGUAGUCUUUAGUUGUUUGCAAGCCGCACAUGCUCAGGAUUUUCUCCUUGUUAUUCCUAUUGAUGAGUUAAGCCAACAUAUGCCAGUGGUGGAGUACCAUAAUAUCCUGAGAUACCGUCUUAUUAUUACCUUAUUUCCUUUUGAUGAAGUUUGCCCUAUUUGUUGUAAGGCAUGCUUGAAUACAUUUGGGGAACAUACAAUUCAUUGUAGGGAGAUUCCAAGCUUCAAAUACCAACAUGACCUUGUUAUGGAUGACUUUUUUGAUAUAUUUCAGCGAGUUGGAGUAUCUGUGAUGAAAAAUGCUUCUAGAAAUUUCUUGACUGACCCAUAUGAAGGGAUAUCAACACUUAGUGCAACAAAUGUUUUAGUGUACGAGUGA